AUGGGCGACCACCUGCUGUCCAUCCUGCGAGGGACCGCGCCUCCUCCUCCCGCUCCCCCCGCACAACGGCCGCCCUCGACGGCGUCGACGUCGGUCUACGCGACUGCGCCGCCGACUCCAGCACAGCCAGGACAGUCCCGCCAGCCCAAUCCGCUUGAACAGCUCCUCAGGACGUUCUCUCAUCCCCACCCUUCCAGCCAAACGUCAACCGGAAGUCCAGCUCCCGCCGCACCGCCAGUCCCGCCUCAGCUGCAACACAGGCAGACGGAACAAGGUGCUAUGGGAGGUGUGACGAGCGCGCAGGGCGCAGGACAGGCGAGGGCGGGAGAACCUGCCUCUCUCCUCACGCUCUUUCACGGGACGAAGUCGCCUCCGAGUGCAGUACUCGCAUCUGCACAGUCGGCCGGGCAAGGCGAAGGUUCGAGUGAAGGAGUGCUGAAGAGCCCGACCAGUCACCGAGGAGGAAACGCGAAGGACUUGCUGGGACUGCUCAUGGGCGGGAGCGCAGGUCAGGCGACCACGCAGGACAGGGCGUCUGCGCAAGAGAUGGGCGGAGCAGCGACCUCGACGAGCGGGGAGCAGGAAGGGCUGGCGAACCUGCGCUCGCAGCCGCGGGAGGCGACGAGUGCGCCUCAACCUCCUCCUACUGCUCCUUCUACCGGCCAGACGCCCAACUUUGCCUUCGUCUCGCCUUUCGACAUUCUCGACAAGACCCGCCAAGCUGAACAAUCCCAGCCGCCGUCGCUCGAUCCUCUCUCGCCUGGAACCAGCGCGCCUCACCCGAUUCUGCCGCCGCACUCGUCUCUUCCUCAGCAUAUCAGGCCCACCUCUUCGUCUCGUCGCACCACCAGCGAGAGCGACGGCUCCGAGGUCUCGCCUGUCUCCCCUCCCCCCUCGGCCUCUGCGAAUGGAGUCGUCCGGCCCCUCACGACGAAGUACCUCUCAAUCGCACAUCUUCCGCCCAACCCGCCCUUCGCCGCUCCUUCCUGGGCACCCAUCGGGCUUCGCCUCCCUCGCUCUGCGAUCCCCCCGUCAGACGCGUCCGAGCCACAGCAUCUCUCCAUCCCGCUCGUCGAGCCGCACCGCGAGUCGCUCGUUUCGCCCAAACCCGAAAUUACGCCCGUCGCGCUCUUCAACGUCUCCAUACCCAAUGUGCACGACGAUGACGAGCUCGUCAGGCGCAGCAGGCGGACUGCGGGCAUCUGGGACGGUGGGAUUGCCUACGCGACUGCGGGAGGAAAGGGACGCGUGAGGGUCAUCGACCGCGAGAGCGGCGCCAAGGUCUUGCUCAAGGGUGGCAAGAAGGAGAAAGAGAUCGUUGACCUCGCCGUCAGCCCGAAGGCGAUGGACGGCGGUCAGCGACUGGUUGCGACAAUCGGCAAGGACGGAAGGCUGAGCGUGUGGAAGGUGCCGGACAGCUUUGACAACGAAGAAGCGGCGGAGCGAGAGUGCGAACGCAUCCUCGAGCGCUUCGCUUCCGGCGCAUCCUCCGACUCCUCCGACUCAUCCUCCCCCCGCUACACGCUCGUGCGCUUCGCGCCAAACUUCCCCGCCUCUCGCAUGCUCGCCGUCGCCGAAUCGGACGCGACAGUCGAGCUCGUCAACCUGCUCGACUCGCAAGCGCAGCCAGUCUCGGUCGGCAAGUCAGGCGAUGCGAAGGGCGUCUCCGACGUCGCCUUGACGCCCGACGGAUCCGCUGUCGCCGUCUUGUACGCAAACGGCAGCGUUGUUCAGUGGAACGUCGACGGCUCGAACGAGAAGGAGGUCCGCCAGGCUUUCCUUUCGGAAAGCGACCAGGCGAACCAGCUCGUCUUCCUGUACCCGCUGCCUGUCCCAGGUAACGUCGCCGAGUCUCCCGGUUUCGCCAUCUCGUCGCGCUCCGGCACCCUGAUCAGCAUCUUCGCCCUCGGCGCCGAUGAGCCCAGCAUUGCCAUCGACGUCCUCCGCCCGUCCAACGUUUCCUCCGCUUCCCUCUUCAGCCAGAUCGCCUACCACGGUCCGAGUCAGACGCUCGUCGCCUCGCACUCUCUCCGUGGCUCGCUUUUCGCCUUCCGCCUCACCUUUCCCUCCCUCCCUGGCGGCGCUCUCCGAGUCAACCACGUCCUCGAGCACCCGACUCCCGCACCCGUCCUGUCGUACUCGCUCGACAACCUUUCGACAGCCGACCCGCGCACCGCUUCGGCCGCUCCUUCCGCUGACGACGGCCGCAAUGUCCCUGCCGGUACCAAGCUUCGCUACGGCGCGCUCGUUGUCCACCCUGGCGGCGUGCACCACGUUGCGCUCGUCGCCGAGCACCCUCGCGCCGUCUUGGCCAAUGGUUCGUCCUCCAGCGGCUCGUCCCACGAUGAGGAGGAAGAGCUCGACGCGUUGGACGCAGCGAUGGAGGCUGGGCGGCGCAUGUCGCUCGAAGGCUCGAUUUACGUCUCGAGCGAGAUCGAGGUCUGCGUUGACGAGCCCGAGACCGACGAGAUCAGUCUGAGCGUCGCGAUUUCGCCGACUCCGCCUGUCGUUUCCGAAGACCACGAGAAGAAGCUUGGCGAGGUCGUCGACGAGAACGAGACGCCGCUCGCCCUGACGCCUCCAGUCUUCUCGCCGCCGUUGCAAGCGGUCCAGGCCACCCAGGAACAGCGCCAGCUCGCCCUUCCCUCCGGCUCUCUCCCCUCAUCCGCCGACGAACCCGCCAGCGGAGACCUUUCAAAUGGUCUUCCCGCCGCCUCGACACCGGUCCAAGAAGCGGGCGGGGAAAUCGGCGCUUCCCCUACGAGCGGGAUCAAGCUCGCUGGACCCGUUGUCAACGCCGCUAUCAGGAGCAUGAAGGCGAGCAAGGUGCCGAGCGGUAGCGGAUCUCCGAGGGCGGGUGCGACGGAGAAGGAGAAGAGGGAGGUCUCGGCGAACGGAGACGCCGAGAAGGAGAUUGACUCGGGGAUGCUGGUCAAGGAGUUGAGGAGGAUCGAGGCGAGUCUGCCUGUCAAGAUUGGCAAGGCCGUGCAGAAGGAGGUCGAGAAAUACGCUUCCCACUUUGCCUCGUCUUCGCGCGCGCCGGCAGUUGACCCGGUCACUCUCUCCGCGUCUGUCGAGGCUGCCGUCUCGAGCGCACUCGAGAAGAGGAUGGCCGAGAUGGUCAAGGCAGAAUUGGGUCGCGAGAUUGCCGCGGUUAUCCAGAGCGUCCUCCCGAUCGAGUUGCAGAAGCAGCUCAAGCGACCCGACAUGACCCUCCCGCUGUCGGCUUCCAUCGCCACGACGAUCGUUCCUCCUAUCGAGCGCACGCUCACCUCGGCACUCGUCAACUCCAUCGUCCCGACCUUCGAAGCGAAGCUCGCUGCGGCAGUCGACGGCGUGGUGGAGGACAUUCGCCAGGAGAUGGUUGAUGUGCGCAAAGAGAUUAUCCAGGAGCAGAGCGGCUCGGUCAGCGUCCUCGAGGACGAGGUGCAGGCGCUGCGGGAGGAGGUCUCGACGAUGAAGUCGAUGCUCGAGAAAAGGGAGCGUCUCGUCUUGGCGUCCGCAGCUCAGGCCCAUCCGCCUGCGACAACCUCGCCCCGCAUCGCCCAGCAGCCGCUCCAGCACGCCCGCCAGCCUAUUGCGCGGCACACCUCGCAGCCAUACGUCGCGACGGGGCCCCUCUCACCCGUCGAGGCGCACCACCCUCUCCGCCAGUCGCAACCCCCCUCCGCCUCCUUCCCUCUCCCGCCUAUUCCUCGCGCACAGACGCCGCCGGAGCGCUACGAAGAGCUCUUCACCGAAGCGAUGCAGCCGCAGCACGAGCCCGAGUUCGCAGCGCUCCAGCACCUGAUCAGCUCGGCGCCCGUCUCACGCAUCGACGCCGUCUUCCCGCCGCCGCCUGCUGCGCCCAAGAUCACGAUGGCGGUUGUGUUGAGCCUCGCGUACAGGCUCAGCCAGGUACUCGCCAACAAGGACGUCCCGCUUGACGAUGAGGGCAAGAAGCAGCUCUUGUGGCUCAGGAAGGCGAUCGCCGCGUGCGACGGCAAGCAACCGCCGGACCUGCUCCUCCUCAUCCCCCGCAUCCUCACCAACGUGAUCGACAACCUCGUCCUGCGCGGUCGUCGGCUGAUGGCGCUCAACGACCAAGCCGGCGCAGGCGACAUCCGGCUCGUCCAGCAGUACGCGAACGCGAGGUUGAGCUUGUUUGCGCAGGCAGGGGCGGAGGGGCCGGGUGUCGAGGUGUUUAGGCGUUGA